AUGUCGGAAAAAAGCUUACAAGAAAUUCGCGAUAAACAGGCUGGGUUAAGCCUCAGUCUGGCCAAAGAAGACUUCGAGAGGGGCAUCAACAACAUCAACAACUUCCACGAGACGGGCUCCCAGACCAUUGAGGGAGAGUUCGUGAACCCCAAAGCCAUCGACGAUGACAUCAAGCAGAAGAAGGAGUUGUAUAAACAGCUCAAGUUCCAGUACCUCGAGCAAGAAACCAAGGAAAAAUUCUUGCGGAUUAUUCUUGACAACCCACCGCGGUACAUCGACAAUAGCGACCUCGCGGAAAUUGACCAACAAACAAGCGCGUUGAAGCAGGGCCUCAGAACCAAGAAGGCAAGCGUAGAGCAGCGGUCGAAGCAGCUCGAGGCUCUUUCGGCGGAGGUUUUGAUCGAGAACCGGCAGUUGGACUCAAACAUCGCCGAAAUCUCCAAUGGGAUGCAAGCCAUUGCAGCGAUGCAGGCGGAAAUCGACCAGCUUGAGAAUGAGGACUGGAACAAUGAAGACAACACCUUGCUGCAGAUCAACGAUUUGUUGAAGCAGACAGGGGAACCGGGUGAGAGCCAUUCGGCGUCCACCAUUCCUGAUAUUAAAUCACAGAUCCAGUUGAAGAGGCAGGGCAUUACCCAACUUGAUGUGACGGUUGGUGCUGCGCAAAGUGAGGCCCACGAGGCCGAAUCGGCUCUUGCGAGUAGCAAAUCCACGCUUAAGGAGCUCACCGACCAGAACAGAGGGUUGGUUCGUACCAUCGAGGAGGAGAGGCUUCUUGCGGAAGCAGCCAGGGCGAAGUCCGACGCAACCGGCCUGCUCGGUGAUGCGCGGUCCAAGGCGGACAAAUGGCUCAACGAAUUGAUCAACAUCUGGUGCUCCUUCUCCAAUCCAACCAUCGAGGAUCUAGAUAUCUUGCCUCUGGACGAGCAUAGCUUCAAGCUCGUCAUGAAAAUAAGAGAUAGGGCACCCCUUACGUUGCACAUGUCCAAGACCAACUUCACCAUUUUGCGCGUCGAGCCCCUGUCAGAAGCGGGGAGCGCUACCCAAAUUAUCCAGAGAGCAAAUCGCUCUGCAGACCCGAUCAACUACUUCAUGCAGCUGUUUGUCCACCAGUAG